UUUCACCUCUCAAGCUUUUAAUAUAUUUGCAAAUGAAGAAGUCAAUGUACGUCAGGACAACAUUUGAGAGAAAUACCCAACGGAACCAUGGGCACAGCAGCUGAUGGCUUGGGGAACAUAGCUAUAGACACGGCGCAAUUUAACAUGUCAGUCACUGAUCCAUCAGCCUGGGCGACCGCAAUGAAUAACCUGGGAAUGGUACCGGUGGGAUUAACUGGACAACAGAUUGUGACAGAUUCGAUAUGCGUAAGGGGCUUCGACCCAAACCUCAGCAUGAUGACAGGCAUCACGCCGAUUAACCCCUUGCUGUCAGGCAUGGGCCUCGUACCUCAGCCUCCCCCAACGGAAGUCCCUGUCAUCAAGGAGAUUAUUCACUGUAAAAGCUGCACUCUCUUCCCUCCAAACCCAAAUCUUCCACCCCCUUCAACCAGGGAGAGACCCCCAGGAUGCAAAACUGUCUUUGUCGGAGGAUUACCCGAAAACGCGACAGAGGAAAUCAUUCAGGAAGUCUUCGAGAAGUGUGGGGACAUCACUGCCAUUCGUAAAAGCAAGAAGAACUUUUGUCACAUCCGUUUUUCAGAAGAAUUCAUGGUCGAUAAAGCCAUUUACCUUUCUGAUGACAGCAAGUUCUCCGAGGCCAUAGUGGUGUUACUCACCUGGAUCGAACGAGGGGAGGUGAACCGGCGAACAUCUAACCAGUUCUACUCGAUGGUGCAAUCAGCCAACAGCCACGUCCGCCGGCUCAUGAACGAAAGAGCCACCCACGAACAAGAGAUGGACCAAGCCAAGGACAACUUUAAGAAUGCUUUGAUGGGCAUCCUUACUCAAUUUGAGCAGAUUGUGGCCGUUUUCAACGCCUCCGCCCGACAAAAAGCUUGGGACCAUUUCUCCAAAGCUCAACGGAAGAACAUAGAUAUUUGGCGCAAGCACUCCGAGGAACUCAGGAACGCUCACAGUGAGCAGCUGAUGGGGAUCAGGAGGGAAGAAGAGAUGGACAUGUCGGACGAUGACAGUGAUGAAAAUCCCAGUAAUAAGAAGCUGAGGAUGGAGGAUUCAGCCUUAGCCGCUCAAGCUUACGCCUUGAAGGAAGAGAACGACAGCCUCCGAUGGCAACUCGAUGCCUACCGGAACGAGGUGGAGCUACUCAAGCAAGAAAAGGGUCAGCUGUUUCGCACCGAAGAGAGCUUGACAAAAGACCAGCAACUACAGUUUUUGCAGCAAACAGUCCAAGGCAUGCAACAGCAACUGCUGAAAAUCCAAGAAGAAUUAAAUAACAAGAAGUUGGAACUCGAACAAGCAAAGGAAGAGCAUUCUCACACUCAGGCCAUGCUGAAGAUCCUGCAGGAACAGUUAAAAAAAAAUGCCAAGGAGUUGGAGACUAAUGGCCAUGACGAAUCUCAGGCAAACGAAAUCAAUGGGUUGACGGUGCCGUUGGUCAACCAGGACAGAGAAAAAAAUGCAGAGAAGCGAAGCCAGCCACUAAAGUCAGAGAAAGAAGCUUUAUUGAUAGGUAUCAUAUCCACGUUCCUUCACGUUCAUCCUUUCGGAGCUAAUAUUGAAUAUCUCUGGUCGUAUAUGCAGCAGCUGGACUCUCGGAUCUCAGCGAACGAAAUAGAAAUGCUUUUGAUGCGGCUUCCACGUAUGUUUAAGCAAGAGUUUUCCGGCGUUGGAGCCACGCUGGAAAAACGGUGGAAAUUUUGUGCCUUCGAAGGGAUUAAAACGACUUGACCACACAGUUGGAUCCGAAGCCUCUCGGGGAGAAACGUGUGACAGACUGCGAUGACAGAGGCGAGCUGAAGUAUUAAAAGGAGGAGAAUUAGGUUUGGCUCAUAGCCUUCCAAACCUGGUUUUAGUUGCAUUUGUGAUGUCCUCUCGUGAAAAAAAAUGUAGUCGUGUGCCAGUUCCAAAAACGAAAAGGGGAAAAUAAAAUGCUCCUGAAAUGUUUCCUAUGAAAACUCAAAACCAACCAAUAACUCUGCAAUCAUAAUGAUCUCAUUAUUUAAAAGUACGCGCCCUCUUAUUAGCUCACCUUGAGCCCACUGGAAGAAGGUUUCUCGGUUUCUAAACUCCAGCAAUGUCUGUGUAUGAUGUGGUAGAUCUUCCUCCAAAAUGUUCAUGCCUAAGAGUCUUUCCGUUUCAUAAGAAGACAAUAAAAAUAAUAAAUCAAUGAAAUAAAUCCGAUUUCAUAGUGAGAAAAGAGUACAUACCAAACGCCAACUUGAAAAAGGAAAAAAAAAUGUGUUUGAAUAGUUAUUUGUAUUUUGUAAAUUAAGUUAUUUGCUCUACCAGGGACUUUUUGCCUUAUUGCCAGAGGCCUGAAAAAGAAAAAAAAACACGAAACAAAAAAAAAAAAAAAACCCCACACAAAUGUGCUUGGAUUCUUGGACAUUGCUUUCUGCAGAAUAUUAUUUUUCUAACAUAACGGUUCUCCAUUCUAAGUUCCUUUAACAUGGAUUGCAUAUCAAUUUUCAUAAACGACGUGUAAAUAAAGAGGAAGGCAGUGUUACUGUAUUGUAUUUGGUAUGUAACAUUCAGGG